GAAAGCAAAAUCUGGUGUUGCCAGCAGGUUCCAGCAUUGAAGGACAGCACCAGUGAUGAUUGUCUCUAUGGAAGCGAAUAAGAAGCAGCCACUAGGCCCCCUAGGGUGUCUGAGGUACAGCCAUGGCCUUGUGGUGUUGCAUCUGUUCUCCAUUGUGCUCCUGGCUGGGCUUCUUGUGGCUGUUCUUGUUCAAGGUUUGAAGGGCCACAGCUCCUCAGAGAAUGAGAAAAUCUACAAGCAACUGAUGCAACUGGAGACUGGAGUGGACAGCCUUUGCCGUCCUUGCCCCUGGGAAUGGACAUUCUUCCAUAGAAAAUGUUAUUACUUCUCCAAGUCUCAGCGUAACUGGAAUGAUUCUAUCACUGCUUGCCAGGAAGUGGAGGCUCAUCUAGUCAUUGUUGAGAGUGAUGAAGAACAGACAUUCCUGAGUUCGAUUUCUAAGGAUAAAGGAGACGCCUGGAUGGCUCUCUCAGACCUGAAGCAGGAAGGCAUGUGGCAGUGGGUAGAUGGCUCACCUUUGUCCAGGAACUAUUGGUCUGCAGGGGAACCCAACAACAAAGGCAAUGAAGAUUGUGCAAUAUUUUCAAAUGAUGGAUGGAAUGAUAUCAAGUGUUCAUCUGAAUCAUUCUGGAUCUGCAAGAAGCCUGCAUCACCUUGCCCUAAGUGAAAUCUGUUCAUCUUCAUAGACUACAAACAGGCCCAUUUAUCAUCUAGUUGAACUUUAAGUAUGUUCAUUUCAGUUCCUUCUGUCUUUCUAUGGGUACUUGGGUCUCAAACGUAGAUCUGAAUUCUAUUUUUCCAGACACUUCUGCCCUCUCCUGUGUACUUACUUUGGGUUGAGGUUGGGUUUUUUUCCCCAUGUUUUCAUCUUUCUUCCUGGAUCAAUUUCUGAAUUCCUUAUUAUUUCUGGAGCUUUGAGUAGAAAUGUCCUCCGUAAGUUAGCAUAUGUCAAUACUUAGUCCCCAGUAGGUGGUGCUACUUGAAGGGGGCUAUGCAACCUUUAGAAGAUGGAACAUUGCUAGAGAAAGUACAUUUAAGGGUUGGGCUUUGGAGUUUAUAGUAUCACCAAACUUGCUGUUCUCACUCUUCCUCCUGUGUGUGAUUGAAAAUAUGGCCAGCCAACUUCCUGCUCCUGUCACCAUGUUUUUCCAUCCCCUCUUGUUGGUAUGACUCUACCGCCACAAAGAACUCUUAUCUCUUUGGUACCAUAAGCUAAAAUAAACUGUUUCAUCCCUA